AUGACUACCGCGGCUCCGUCAGAUGGGGGCAGCAGUGGGAAGAAGGAGGAUUUGAAGGAGAUGCUGAAGAACCCCUUCAAUAGCAUGCGCGAGAAGUUCCGAGAUUCAUCUCUCUAUGAUCUGAAAGUUGGGCUCAUUCAUAAGAAGCACGAACUUGGCAAAUUCGCGAACCUGAUCAAUCCAAACCACAGACACGAUGAAGAGCACGAGAAAAUCACCGAUGAAAAGAGGACAAAGAUCGCCGAGUCCCACCGAUACCAAUCCUUUGCGCCCGAGAGACCCGGUAACAACAUCAAGUGGUAUGUCGAUGGACGGGACUACUAUUGGGCUGUGUCUAUAGCCUUAGAGAAUGCGAAGGAGACAAUCUACAUCGAAGAUUGGUGGUUGUCACCCGAACUCUUCCUGCGUCGACCGGCAUACUAUAAUCAGGAGUGGAGACUUGAUCAGAUCUUAAAGCGAAAGGCAGAGGCGGGUGUCAAAAUCUUUGUUAUUGUCUAUCGUGAAGUUGAGGCCGCUCUUACUUGCAAUUCUUCACACACAAAACACGCAUUGCAAGCGCUGUGUCCAAAGGGAGAAAAGGGGCAUGGAAAUAUCGUGGUUAUGCGACACCCCGAUCAUAACGUCCUGGAGAACGCCGCAGAUAUGACAUUUUACUGGGCCCAUCACGAGAAGUUCAUUGUCAUUGACUACAACACCGCCUUCAUCGGAGGCUUGGAUCUAUGCUUUGGAAGAUGGGAUAAUCACCAGCACCCUUUGGCUGAUGUUCACCCCGGAGGCGUAGCAGACGAGAUAUGGCCUGGCCAGGAUUUUAACAACAACCGUGUUAUGGAUUUUCAGACCGUCGACGACUGGAAAUCCAACGAGCUAUCCAAGGCCGAGUACGGCCGCAUGCCUUGGCACGACGUCGCAAUGGGUGUGAUAGGAGACUGCGUUUAUGACAUUGCAGAACACUUCGUCCUGCGCUGGAAUUUCGUGAAACGUGACAAGUACAAGCGAGAUGGCCGAUACGAUUGGCUGACCCUGGAAGGCCGAGAGGGAGAGCACGAAGAUCUUGUGGGUGUUCAGCGACCGAAACAUCCGGUGGGAGACUACAUACACCAUCCAGUGACACCAUUGAGUGGAAAAACUCUAGGUGAUCAACAAGGCACUGUCCAUGCACAGAUUGUCCGCAGCAGCGCAGAUUGGUCGAGCGGGAUCAUCCCUGAGCAUAGUAUCCAAAAUGCAUACUGCGAGUUGAUCAGAAAUGCUCAGCAUUACGUCUACAUCGAGAACCAAUUUUUCAUCACGGCUACAGGCGAGGAGCAAGCACCGAUUAAGAAUCAGAUUGGCAGGGCCAUUGUCGACGCGGUUGUGAGAGCUGGCAAGGAGGGCAGAAAGUUUCGCGUCAUUGCCGUCAUUCCAUCCGUUCCUGGAUUUGCAGGCGAUCUCCGAGAGGACGCAGCACUUGGAACAAGAGCGAUUAUGGAUUAUCAGUACAAGUCUAUUUGCCGUGGCGAGCACUCAAUUUUUGAGCAGGUGAAAGCUCAAGGAAUUGAUCCAAAAGAGCACAUAUUCUUCUUUAACCUGAGAUCAUAUGAUCGAUUGAACGUCACUCCAACCAUGAAGAAGCAAGAAGAAGAGUCUGGUGUGAGAUAUCAGGAUGUCCAGAGAGCGGAAGCUCAAGAAAUCAUGGACUCCAGCGUUCAAGACAAAACUGACGAUAAAGGCCUUCGGAUGAAACGUGCACUUGACCCUCGUAAUGAUUCCGCUUCUAGUUCCGAUGCUGAGUCUGAGAAAAUGGACGCCAAACGACGCUUCGAAGCAAAGGCCAAAAAGAGUGCUACCGAGAACAGGCCGACGGAUAGUGUGGCACAUAAUGCCAUGCUUAAUCAGCCAAACCUUGUCGACGAGAAGUGGGAAGGCUCUCUCGAAGGCGAGGCCGAGAACUGGAUCCAGGAGGAACUCUACAUCCACGGCAAAGUUCUCAUCGUCGACGACAAGACCGCCAUCUGCGGGAGCUCUAAUCUGAACGAUCGCUCGCAACUAGGAAUCCACGACAGUGAACUCUCCAUCGUCAUGACCGACACCAAAGUCCUCAACUCGACGAUGAACGGGGUGCCAUACGAAGCGGGCCAUCACGCAGCGACACUUCGAAGAUACCUUUGGAGAGAGCAUCUCGGUCUCCUCCCUCCUCAAAAACAUGAUGGCAAAGAUGACCCCAAUUGCCAGCCUCCCGACGUCCCAAACGACCCCCAAACAGGCGAGACUUUCGAAUUUGUAGCUGAUCCUUUGGGCGAUGAACUCUGGGAAAUGUGGACGACGCGUGCCUCGAGGAAUACCGAGAUAUUCCGCCAGCUGUUCCAUGCUGACCCUGAUGACUAUGUCAAAACCUUUGAAGACUACGACAGGUUCCUGCCCCCUAAAGGCACCAAAGCAGGGCACAUCUACGACAAGAUGAUCCCGCCUGAGGAGAUCCGUCACAAGCUUGACCAGAUUAAAGGUCAUCUCGUCUGGAUGCCGCUGGAUUUCUUAAAGGAUGCGAAUAUGGCCGAGCAGGGGCUGCAGGUCAAUCAAUUUACGGAGAGCAUCUAUACCUAG